CUUUCAGCCGCUGAAACUAAACUACAGUCACGAUGAACUCCUUUGUCCUUGUUGCUCUCUUCGCCGUUUUUGCCGCUGCUAAUGCAGGAUUACUGACAGGUGCUCCCUUGGUAUCUGCCUAUGGCGCCGCUCCUGUAGUUUCAGCUUACUCUGCUCCUUUAGUAGGCGCUGGAUUAGUCGGUGAACAAACCGUAGUAGCAGGACCCUCAGGAACCAUCGCCACUGGAAGGACCCUUGCCGCCCCCGCCGUUUCAGCAUACGCCGCUCCCGCUUUGGCUGCCUACAGCGCCCCUAUUGUGUCCCCUUAUGCCGCUCACGGUGUUGUCGCCCGUACCAUCUGGUAAAGUUUUAGUUGAUAUGUGACUGAUCUUUUAAGGACAUAAAUUAUUAUUAAAUAGUAAAUUGAACAAA